AUGGCCGCAUUUCAGCAUCGGGCAAAGCGAUCUAAAAAUGGCGCCUCAGCGAAGCAAGGCAAGAUAUCCAAGGCCGAUAAAAAGCGCGCCAAACUGCAAGUCGAGAAGCUCGAUAAGCGCGGCGUGCUGCUGGCUGAACUCACCGCCGCUGCCCCGGCAGCUAAGACCGGCGUGCUGCAAGCGGCAAGUCUAGCACAGGAUCAGCGUAGCGACGCACAAGCGCAGCAGCAACGCGCGCAGGAACGCAGUAAUGUCGAUAAAAAAGUGGUUCAGCAACUCGAGGCAAUAGCCGGGUUUUCGUUGUAA